GGCGCGCCGGGCGCGGGGCGCAGCUGGGGCCCGCCGGGGCUGGGCGGCGGCGGCGGCGGGCGCGGCAGGUUCUGUUUAGCAUUUCAGGCUCGCCACACGCAUUUCUCUGGAGCUGAUGUUUUUGUAACGUUUUCAGCUUGGCUAAAAGGCUGCUCUGCUGGAAUGCUUUAAAGGGUUAGAAACCCCUUCGGUUUGAAUUUAAUUUCAGUCAAUUGAGGGAAAUAUUUCUGAUCAUACCAAAGAAAUAACUGGAAACAUGGAUCAGAACAACAGCUUGCCGCCCUACGCUCAAGGCUUAGCCUCCCCUCAGGGUGCAAUGACUCCCGGAAUUCCGAUUUUUAGCCCGAUGAUGCCGUAUGGCACAGGACUGACACCGCAGCCUGUCCAGAGCACCAACAGCCUGUCCAUCCUUGAGGAGCAGCAGCGGCAGCAGCAGCAGCAGCAAGCAGCACAGCAAUCUACAUCACAGCAAGCGACGCAGGGAACAUCUGGUCAAACCCCCCAGCUCUUCCACUCACAGACUCUUACCACAGCCCCCCUGCCGGGAACCACGCCUCUGUACCCCUCUCCAAUGACGCCGAUGACUCCCAUAACUCCUGCGACACCGGCAUCCGAGAGCUCUGGGAUAGUGCCGCAGCUACAGAAUAUUGUGUCCACGGUGAAUCUUGGCUGCAAGCUUGACCUAAAAACCAUUGCGCUUCGUGCCCGAAAUGCUGAGUAUAAUCCCAAGCGUUUUGCUGCUGUGAUCAUGAGAAUAAGAGAACCACGUACUACUGCGCUUAUAUUCAGCUCUGGAAAAAUGGUAUGCACAGGAGCAAAAAGUGAAGAACAAUCCAGACUGGCAGCAAGGAAGUAUGCGAGAGUUGUUCAGAAACUGGGUUUUCCUGCAAAAUUUUUGGAUUUUAAAAUUCAGAACAUGGUGGGCAGCUGUGAUGUGAAAUUUCCUAUCAGAUUAGAAGGACUGGUACUCACACACCAGCAGUUCAGCAGCUACGAGCCAGAAUUGUUUCCAGGCUUAAUCUACAGAAUGAUCAAGCCAAGAAUUGUUCUGCUUAUUUUUGUUUCUGGAAAAGUGGUUUUAACUGGCGCUAAAGUUCGAGCAGAAAUCUAUGAAGCAUUUGAAAACAUCUAUCCUAUUUUAAAGGGUUUCAGAAAGACAACGUAACAGUUUCUACAAGUUUCAGAGAAAUUGGGGGUACAUUUUAAAAGGCAUUGCAUAUGGCACAGCAGUAACGAGAUGGACUUCAGUGAAACUGCAACACCAGGACUUGGACUAUUUCCCAGUUAGUGCCUACUUCCCCGAUGCUCAAGGGGAAUUAUAUUGAUUACGUCUACUGAGUUACUGUGAGUUGCUUUACUGGGCUGUUCCUGGAGCAGUCUCUUCAAGUUUUAUUUAUAUUCUAGCUUUUAAAUAGUUUUAAUGCCAGUUCUAUUAAUAGAAAAUCCAUAAAUUGGUUUAAGAGACAACUGCAACUGUGUCACUCAGUGUAUAAACCACUUAAGUUGCCAUGUAUAUAUGUUUUAAUUUUCUUCCGUAAGACCAUGGUUUUUAUAAUUUUAAGAACUUAAGCUUUUAAAUUUUUUCAAUUUUAAUUUUUUUUGUGCCAGACACAUUCCCUCUUUCCAGUAUUAAGCAAGACAGAAUAAAUUUAUUAAUGAAAAUGGCUCACUGUACAUAUAUAUAUAAUAUAUAUAUUCCUCCUCUUUCCUCCUUCAGCUCCACAUGUACAAUAAACCCUGUUUAUACAAUUACGGGAACUGUCUUACUGAAUUUUAAAAUUAUGCAGCUGGUAGAGUGAAAUGUAUUAAACUUUUUUUUUAAUCUGGAUUUAUAAAAAGCACAUACACUACUGUAACUGACUUGUCAGUUUGAGGAGAAUCUUAACAGUACUCUGGCUUGCUUACCGGUAGCCAUGUCCUUGGCACCAUUUAGCUUGAAUAUUUCUAGGAUGUUAAAACAGGGGGUGAUUGGUUAAAGAAGUUUGUGUUCAAGUAUGUGUUGCUUCACAUUCAACAGAUGGGAUUUAUGCAAGUCUUAAAUAACUACACUUGAGUGAAUUGGAACAAAAGAUUCUUGCUUAGCUUCUAGGCUUUCUUUAAAUUACUUUUGUAUUUUACCAACUAUGCCAGUCUCACUAUAUUAGUGUUCCUGUAAAAUGUCAAAGCCCUUCCAACUAGAGUCAGCAUGUACAAAAUCUUCCCUUUGAACUGUGCUUGAAGCUUAAUGGGCUGAGAACUAAAAAUAAACUUUUUUUCUCCAGUA